GAAGAAUUUAAUCUUUACUCUACAAACGUCAAAUUGGGUUUUCUCACCACAUUUGAAACGUAGUCAAUUUAGUUCAUACGCUAAUAAGGACUACUUUCAUUAAUCGAGAGGAUGGCAGCAUCAUUAUUAACUACACGAACGGUUUUCUCCGUCCUCCCCCUGAUUGUGUUAGUAGUCCUUGCAAUAUUUUCAACACCUUCUGAUGCUACUUUCGUAAAAGAUAGAGCGAUUAGAAAAGUUCCCAUACAAACGCCACCAUUUUUCGGGAACGAUGAUACCAGUAUCGGCAAUGGCAGCAUGAAAGGGGAUGAUCCCCAAUGCGCACAUAAUCCUCAAAACUGUCGUCCUUCCCCAUCUGGAAACCCUUACCGUCGAGGCUGCUCGCCACUGGAACGUUGUCGGUGUUGCCGGAGAAUGUUGCUGGAAGAUCAACUUCAGAUGUAAUCUAGAGUUGCAUGACUAUUUGACCACGUCGAAAGCUCUUCGGUAGAAAUGAAUCAAUGGAUUGAUUAACUGCAUUCUUGUAACUUUGUAGGAGGAUAUAAUUCAAUAUACCCUAUUAUUAUUAUUAUUAUUCCAUUCUCAUCUUUUUGUUUUUUGUGUACUAACAAAUGAAUCUAUUUAAAAGUUACUACUA